AUGAAUUUUAUCAUUACAAUAACUGAUAUCGAAAAAGUCCAGAAUGAAAUCCAAAAGAAUCUACCACUCAUUACAAUAGAAUUAUGUCAACGAGAUACUCAUCAUAAAACAAAAGAGUUAUUAAGAAAUACACAUUUAUUAGAAAGAAUUUAUAUUUAUCUUGAAUCACAUCCAAAUAAUAUUAAUUCAUUGUUAUUAGAAAAUGCAUACCAUUUUAAAAGAUAUCCAAUUACACCAACAUUUAUAACUAUUGAACAUAAUGAUCUUCAAGAAAUUUAUUAUAAAAGAUUAAGGUUUCUACAAAUCAAAUUAUUUAAUACUUCACUUAAAUCAUAUUCAAAAUUACCAAUUAAAGAAUUUAGAAAUAAAAUAAAAGAAAUAGAAAAACAUAUAGAUAUUAUAAGAAAUAUAUUAAUAAUAUUCAAAUUGAUUGAUGAACAAGAAGAUAUAAAUAAAGAAUUAAUGAUAAAAAUAUUUGAAGAAUAUUUCAUAAAUGAAAUUAAAGUUAAUAUUUUAAAUUCAAAUGAUGAAAGUCUCUAUCCAGAUGAAGAAUGGAUUCAAAAAGAAGAAUAUCCACAAGAAAGUUUACCUAUCUUAACACCAAGCUAUUUAGAUGAAUUUGAUUAUUUAUUAAGAAAUAGUAUUUUGUUUAGAAAAGAAACAUUUGAUAGUGCAAUUGAUGAUAUUAUGGUAGAAAUAAAUGAAAUUAGAUUUAGUACAACUAAAAAUGGGAUUAGAAUUAAGAAUUAUGGAAAACAUACUCUUCCAUUAAUUGAAUUUCAUGGAAGUGAAAUCGAUGAAGAAAUUAUUAUUGGUAAUAAUAAAGAAAUUAAAUGUUCAUUUGAAAUUAAUUUAAAUGAUUCAAGUGAUGAAACAAAUCAAUGGUCACCAUUUAAAAAAGAAAUAAUUUUUUUAGUUGAGUUAAAUAAUGAUGGAGAAGUUAAAAGAAUUAGAGGAGGAGAAAUUUUAGAAAUCAAAGACAGAGACAAUAAAACAAAAGAUUUUCAAGGAACAUUUAGACGAAUUGAAAUUCAAAUGGAAAGAAAGAAAUAUCAAAAAGAUAAUCAAGAAAAUAAAACUACAUUUCAUAUUAUGAUUUGGAGAAAUAAAGAUGUUGGAACAUUUAAAAGAAUUCUUGAAAAUGUUCAUCAAAUUAUUCAACAAAAAAAAUUUGAAGGAAUUAAUGAAGAAAUAAGAAAUAAAUUAUUAGGAAUUUAUCAUAAAGAAUUGAUAAAUAAUGAAAAUAAAAUUGAAUUAAAACAAAAUAAUCAAGAAGAAGUUAUUUGUUCAGUUUUAAAUAAAGGAAUUCAUUUAAUAAAAGGAAAGAAAAAUACAGGAAAAACUUAUAUUACAAAGAAAAUUGUAGAAAAGUUAAUAGAAAGUAAAAAGAAAAUAUUAAUUGUUAGUCAUUCAAAUCAAACAAUCAAUACUAUUAUUAAAGGAAUAAUUGAAACAGGAGUUGAAGAUAAUAUAAUAUUAAGAUUAGGACAUGGAAAGAAAGAAUUAAAAGAAAUGACAAAAAUUGAUUUUAGUAAGAAAGGAAGAGUAGAAAGAGCAUUAUUAGAAAGAAUUAAAAUAUUAGAAGAAUUACAAAAAAUUGCUAUUUUAUGUAAUAUUCCUGUUCAAAAUGUUCAAAGUUGUGAAAUGGGUUUACAAUUUAUUCAAAUAUUAAAGAAACAUAAAGAAUCUGGAUUAAGUGAAAUUCAAAUAAAUGAAUAUGAAAAUAAAAUUAAAAUGCUUAUUCCACUUGAAAUUUUAAGAGCACAAAACCAAAAAGAAAAAUAUAUUGAACUAAAUUAUUGUCAAAUUAUUGGUGUUACUUCAACUUAUGUCACAAUGAACUUUGAUCAAUUUAAACAACAUUUUGACUAUGUAAUUGUUGAUGAAGCAAGUCAAAUGUUAGAAUUAGAAUUAGGAUUACUUAUAUUGAAAAUUGGAUUAAAUGGAACAAAAACUUUAAUUCUUAUUGGAAAUGAAGAAGAAUCACCUGUCAUUAUUCAUAAUAAAGAAAUAAGUGAAUAUACAAAAUUAAAUGAAGGAUUAUUUCAACGUUGGGCAAAACAAAAUCAAACUCUUGAACUAAUACCAUAA